GCAGAGUAAAUCCCACUUCCAAGCCGGAUUUCUAAAAAGGGGGCUGACUGACCUAAAAGGACGACAACACCGGAAUGAGGAAAUUGACGGGGGUAAGUCAUGUGCAAAACAAAGUUGUUCAUCGCUGAUAACCAGACAACCUGAUGCACCACAGGUCACUCUGCACAAGUCUCCAGGAGGCGCUCCGCGAUUCUGUCUCUCUCCAUCGCCAACACAGCAGCCCACCGCGCGCUCUCCCUGCAUCCAGCUAUGUCUUUCCUCCUCCUCACAGUCUUGUCUUCACUUCUCGUGCAUGAUGCAGAGGCGUGGGGCAACAAUGUCAAGUACGCGGUGAACUGUCCGGACAGAUGCAACGCGGAACGGUGCGGCGGGACGCAGCGCUGCACACGGACCGUCCUGGAUGACUGCGGCUGUUGCCAGGUGUGUGCGGCCGGCAGAGGGGAACACUGUUACCGCACCGUGUCUGGGAUGCACGGGGUGAAGUGCGGACCAGGAUUAUUCUGCGAGUUCUACAAGGAUGAAGACGACUAUGGAGACGAGUAUGGCAUCUGCAAAGACUGCUUGUACGGGACCUGGGGUGUUGAGUGCCGCAAGACCUGCAACUGCAAAGGUGGCAUAUGUGACAGGGAGACAGGAGCGUGUCUCACCCUCAAGUUCUUUGCCAAAAUUGCAGGCAAGCUCAAGACAGAGUCACAAGCAGGUGGAGAGCUGGGCUCAGGAGAGGUCAGUGCUGCUCAGAGCACAGAUCAGCACACAGACAGAUCCACAGCACAGAAGCGGCUCAACCCUCGCUGACAGGCGCUGAGAGGACUCAAUCUGUUCAGUGUAAAUGUAGCAUUAACUUAUAGAUGAACUGAAAGAUAUAUUUUAGUAUGUUCAACAAUGAUGUCAAAAUGUUUUUACUGAUUUGAUUUGUUGGGUCCUUAUCUGACACCAUCAUUUUCUGAAAUAUGCAGAUUACAUAUGUUUUUCUGUUCGAGUUCUGUUCUGUUUUUAUCGUUAUGAAUCUGUUUCUCGAAUAAAUGAAUUAAAAGGAGCCUUUUCUGUUCUUAUUAGUUAGUAUAAACCAGAUCCCAUCAUUUAGUGUGCCUUGGUUCUUAUAUUUCAUUGAUUUAUUCUAGUAAACCAUAGUUUUACAUGAAUACUUUUUGUUUGUGUUGUAUAAAACUGGGCAUGUAAAAUAUCAUGUAUAUGACACCAGCCAAUGUAAAGAAUGGUCUUACAAUUAAACCAAAGCUAUCACUGA